CUUAUAAAGAUAACAUUGUUGAUUUCGGACAUAUAUUCUUAAAUAAGUAAAUACUCGAUAUAUAGCUUACACUACGUUUAAUAAUACAACUUAAAUCUUUCUAGAACGGAUAAAAUGGGAAAUUGCUUGAAAAUUAGCACUUCAGACGACAUUUCACUUUUACGAGGCAAUGAGAGUUUUAGCGGGCAAACCAUCGGAACACAGCCAUUAUAUCAUCAGGACGAGCAGUAUCAACAAGUGUCUUACCCCACGUCCUCGGCAUCCGUGACUCACCCACCAUCUUCUAUUAAUCGUCAACUUUCCGACGAAAAUGAAGUGAAGAUUGCUAAGCGUAUUGGAUUAAUGCAACAUUUACCUAUUGGAAUAUAUGACGGGAGCUCGAAAAAAGCACGGGAGUGUGUAAUUUGCAUGGCUGAAUUUUGUGUUGAUGAAGCUGUGCGCUAUCUUCCUUGCAUGCAUAUUUAUCAUGUCAAAUGUAUAGACGAUUGGUUGUUAAGAAGUCUAACGUGUCCCAGUUGCUUAGAGCCUGUUGAUGCUGCCUUGCUGACGAGCUAUGAAUCGACAUAGCGUUUAAAACACCGAUAGUAUAUUUAUAAUGGGUUUGCUUUAAAGUAUUUCGGGAAAACCAACUUUUUUGUAUUGUGACAGGCAAAAAAUAAUAUUGAUUUAUACAUUUAAAUCGGAUUAAUUGUUUUCUUUUUUAUUAAAUUGUUAAUGUUUUAUAUUCAAAACGUAUUAUAAUAUUUUAUUCAUUUGUAGUGUAAAUUUAAAUAAAUUAUAAAUGAAACACUCGAGAGCUCAAACCUAAAA